AUGAUUUCCCAAGGUAUUCAUAUGCUCUAUUUAUGUGUUCAGGAGAAGCUAUGUGAGGAGUUAAAGAUGCAUGAGGGCGCGCUUUGCUUGGGUGUGGAUGCGUGGCAAUCGCCAAAUGGAUACGAUAUUAUUGGCACGGUGGUAUAUCGACUUGUGGACGAUGGCACUGGGAAUGAAAAUUUGGAUGCGAUGCCCCUGGACUUUGUGCAGCUUGACGAAAGCCACACUGGAGAAUACCUGGCUCGCAUGGUAAGAUAUAUUGUGGAGAAGUUUGGGUUAGAAGAUCGGAUCUGUGGUAUUGUUUCCGACAAUGCAAGCAACAACAAGACAAUUAUUGCGGAGUUGGAAACACUGGAUUGGAAACGAUUCAAGGGUGAGGCACAGUGGAUAAGAUGCUUUGCACAUAUUGUCAACCUUAUCGUCAAGGCAAUACUUCGACCAUUCACUCGUAAGAAAUCCGACGGUCGCACAGCAGAGUUUGAUGACUUUGAUGAAGAAGAGGCAGAGGAUCAACUCAUUGAGAGUGACUUGAAUGAUGAUCAAGACAACCACACAAAACCAGAAGGAAAUGACGAUCCAGAUCUCGGAGCCGACGACGAUCUCACUCUGGCCGACAUUGAAGAUAUCGAACGAGAAGACUCCAUGGAUAUUGUCAGCCACAGAGUACAUGUCACAGUACCUUUCAUGUACCAAGUAACUGCAACACCUGUACUUAUGUACAUAAGUACUUAUCCAUAA